AUGACACAGUACAACACCAACCAGACCCGCCGCACUCUCUCCAAUGCCACCACCUCCACGUCCUCGACCAGCACCAGCGCCGGCGCCGGCAAUGCUCGCCGCAACUCGGACCUGCGCCGCUCGUCGUCUGGCCGCUCGACUGCCAGCCAAACCUCGUCGAGCUACGUUGCCCUGAUGCGUCGGCAAAAGGCCACCGUCUGGUGCGAUCGUGCCCAGUUUGAAGACCCGCGCCUGCUCGCCCAGCAGCGCGCCGCCAAGAUGCGUGCCACCAUGGAAGUUGUCGGCGGCCACCAGGCCAGCAGAACCUCGACCUCGUCUUCCGGAGUAGCCGCCGGUGUUCGCUCCAAGAUCAGACAUCACGGUGCCCCCAAGGCCUCGCUCUACACCCCCGCAAACCUCUCCGGCAACGGCGUGCCCAUGCGCCUGAGCGCCAGCGAAGUCGACGAGGGCGACAGCGACAACGAUAGCAACAGCUUCAACAAUCUCCACAACCGUAGCGGCAGUGGACGCAGCUCGCUGGGCUCGGGACGCAGGGUAUACUCUUAUGUCGGCCCCUCGGGCGCCCGGAAUAGCACGAGCAGUACACCACCGAGCGGCCAGGGCAACAGCCCAACGGAACUGGUGGCGGAAGAGACUCCGAUGCAGGGAGAUUUUGCCAGAAGGCAGAGCGAAUACUUCGUCCAACACCGGGACACCGGUCUUUCCGCCGGCAGCGGCAGCUCUGGAGAACGCGAGAACAGUUUCGGCGGGUUGGGGCAGAUGCCGCAACACGAGCCGCAGGCGGCACACGCGCACAAAGCCUCGGAUGAUUUGAGGCGGAGAGGGAGUGUCGACGACAGGACGAUGACGAUGAGCGGAGCCGUGAGGCUGUUUGUUGCCAAUCCCGACGACGACAGCGAUUGA